UGUUACCACUUGUUUUUGUAAGCUAAAUCCCGAUCCCAAAACAAACAAUAUUUAGCCUAGGGUUCUUCCUUUUCCAUCUCCUCCUGCAAAUCAUGGGGAACACAUCCUCAAUGCUCACUCAAUACGACAUUGAAGAAGUUCAAGAACAUUGCAACAACACCUUUUCACAACAAGAAAUAGUCUCCUUGUACCAAAGAUUCUGUCAGCUAGAUCGUAACAGUGGUGGCUUCAUCUCCGCCGAUGAAUUCCUUUCGGUCCCAGAAUUCGCUGUCAAUCCCCUCUCUCAGAGAUUGUUUAGGAUGGUUGAUGGGUUGAAUUUCAAGGAGUUUGUGGCAUUUUUGUCUGCAUUUAGUUCACGUGCUACCUUACAACAUAAAGUGGAAUUUAUAUUUAAAGUUUAUGAUUUUGAUGGGAAUGGGAAGGUUGCGUUUUCUGAUCUGUUGGACGUUUUACGCGACUUGACGGGGCAGUUUAUAUCUGAACAACAAAGGGAGCUUGUCCUGACACAUGUUCUUGAGGAAGCUGGUUACAAGAAAGAUUCUUUAUUAGUUCUAUCCGACUUCAUGAAGAUUCUUGGCAACACCGGCUUGAAGAUGGAAGUUGAAGUUCCCGUAGACUAGCAGGUGAUGUAGAAGUCAUCAAGUAUGGUAUAGUUGUUCGUUUUCUUAUUUUAUUUUAUUGAUAGGAAUUUUAGCCGCUUGUAUCAUGUAGUUUUAAUAACUGAUGUUUUCCUGUAUUAUCUCACCCUUGGGUAGUUGUCGAGGUUCAACUCAAGAUUUCAAGUACUGUGAUGGUUCUGUUCAUUAUGCAUUAUGUUUGGUUCUGUUCCACAUCCGCUUCAUAUUAUGGAGUGAUUGUAAUCGUAGAUUGAAUGAUGUAUCUUCUGCCUUAUCUAGUUACUUGUUAGACGGAGUUGGUUUUUGUUAA